AAAAAUUCAAAACAAUGUCGGGAACAUCUCAAAAAUAUAGAAAUUUCGUGGCAGAACCUAUGGGCGACAAACCAGUCACAGAUUUGGCGGGUAUUGGUGAAACAUUAGGUGGUCGUUUAAUUGAAGCUGGCUUCGAUAAGGCCUACACAGUCUUGGGUCAAUAUCUGGUCUUGAAAAAGGAUGAAGAACUGUUCAGGGAAUGGAUGAAGGAUACAUGCAAUGCAAGUUCUAAACAGGCAUCCGAUUGUUACAACUGCCUCAAUGAUUGGUGUGAAGAAUUUUUGUAAACAAUUGU